AAUGUUUAUCAUAACGUCAUUUACAAUAAAUAAAUACUCGCUUCUUAUACAAAUGUAUAGCUUUAGUUGAGCAAAUACUAUUCUCAGCAUAUUUUAAUAUUUUAAAGCGUGUUGCAUUUGGCUUGUGAGGGGAAAGUUACAAAACACAGACACGCAGACAGAUACUAUCUAGAGAGGAAGAGGAAGAGGUAAAGUAAAGUGACCACAGUAUUCCUGUAUCGCUCGCACGCUAACGUUACCUCUGUGAUGUGAUUGAUACACUGUUUAAAAACCUAGUGCGCUGUCUGUCUAGACAGCAUGUAUAAACAGUAUAGUCGCGCAACAUAGUAUUUACUACGCGUAGUAUUAUGUAUUUAUUUAUUUAUUGGCUCAUAGCCGCGAUACCUGCCCAAAUAUGUUGCACCUUCUGUAACGAGCAAACAUCCUGGCUACUAGGUAUAAAGCUCACUAGGUUUUGAGACACAGCCAUAGACAUGCUGAUGAGAUUGAUGGUGACGCCUCAAGUGACGCUUGCUUUGAAUUCGCUUUAGCACACUCCGCACGACAUCUUCCAUUUAUGAUGAAGGCUAUUUUGAUAGCUGUGACAGUUCUCUUUCACUGUUUGGGAAAGAGGUGCAUACUCGGGCAGGAACCACUUUGCCAAUCUCACUCUUCAUGCUCUGAAUGUAUAAGGAGUCCUGGAUGUGCAUGGUGCACACAGACGGACUUUCUUAAACCAGGUGAGUCAAAUGAACGGCGAUGUGAUUCUACCAGGUCUCUGAGGGAGAGGAAAUGUAAAGAGGAUCAUGUGAUCAAUCCUGGAAAACAUCCCUUGACCUAUGUGAAAAACAGUAAACUCAGCAGCGAACGUGAAAAUGUGGUCCAACUCAGACCUCAAAAUAUCAACAUUACACUCAGAAUUGGAGUUCCACAUGAAUUCAAAGUUGAGUUUAAGAGGGCUGUAGGUUACCCUAUAGAUCUGUACUACCUGAUGGAUCUGAGCUAUUCCAUGAAAGAUGAUCUAGAGCAAAUUAAAACCCUGGGGCAGAAAAUCCUCAAGAAGCUGAAGGACAUCACAGACACCGUCCGGAUCGGUUUCGGGUCUUUUGUUGAUAAGGAGAUGUUGCCGUAUGUCAGUCAGGUGAAGGCAAGACGUCGUAACCCCUGCCCUAAUCGCAUAGAUACCUGCCAACCAGCCUUCAGUUUUAAGAAUGUCCUGCCCCUGACUGAGCAUGCCAAGGAUUUCGAACAGGAAGUUAGCAAACAACUUAUCUCUGGCAACCUGGACGCUCCUGAGGCUGGUCUGGAUGCCAUCAUGCAGGCUGCAGUCUGUAAGGAUAAGAUCAAGUGGGAUGAUGUGACACGGAUUCUGGUUUAUACAUCUGAUGAUACUUUCCACAUGGCAGGAGAUGGACGACUAGGUGGUGUCUUUCAGCCACAUAAUGGACAGUGUCAUCUCAAUGAAAAUGGUUCCUAUAAUGGAAGAGCCUAUGAUUACCCAUCAGUGGGCCAUGUAUCUAGAGUUCUGCAGGAUAACAAUAUUCAGCUCAUAUUUGCUGUGACUGAGGACAUCUAUCCAGCAUAUAAGGCACUGAGUGCAUUGAUUCCUCAGUCAGUGGUUGGUGUAUUAAAGAAUGACUCAAGUAAUGUUGUGGAUCUCAUCUCUGAAGCCUAUGGGAAUUUGUCAGCCACGCUGGUGUUAGAGCAGGAGGGAGCUCCAAAAGAACUGGAUGUGUCCUACAGGUCUGCAUGUAAGGGGAAUCAGUUGGAUAGUGAAUGGAAGGAGAAAGGAGUGUGUCAAGGCAUCAAGCAUGAGGAGAUUACGUUCAAUGUACGUCUGAAUGCAUCUGCAUGUCUGAAGGAGCCUCAGACAUUUCGCAUCAAAAUGCAAGGCAUCAAUGAGGAGGUGAAGCUCACAGUGCAUACAGAGUGUCACUGUGACUGUGGUGUUCCAGAGAAGGCUUCCAAAAACUGUAGCAGUAAUGGAACACUCUCAUGCGGCGUGUGCAGCUGUGACGAAGGGCAUUUGGGUCAGCGGUGUGAGUGUGUGCAACAUAGUGAUUCGGAUUCCAUUAACAACAUGAAGGCAUCCUGUCGGCCUGACAACGGCUCGCAGAUUUGCAGUGAACAUGGCACCUGUGAGUGUGGCAAGUGUGUGUGUCAGGGCCAUUACAGUGGGAAAUUCUGCGAAUGUGAUGACAAUAGUUGUGAAUACCAUAAUAACCAUCUCUGCAAUGGUAAAGGCACAUGUAAGUGUGGGACAUGUGAGUGUACUGAUGACUACACGGGGUCUGCAUGCGAGUGCUCACCUAGCCAAGACCAGUGUAUUAAUGGCAAAGUCCUUUGCAGCGGUCAAGGCAAAUGCACUUGCAACCGUUGUCAGUGUAACGAAGGCUUCAAGGGAGAGCACUGCUCUGCAUUCACUGAUGAGUGCAUGCUGUUGAAGGGCUGUGUCGCAUGUCAUGUAGAAGCUGAUACCAAUGCCUGUGCUGUAGAAUGUUUGAAUGCUACAGUAAAUCGUCUUGAUGGCACUCAUGAGCUGCAUUGCACAUAUGAAGCGACCAUAUCAUAUGAUGUGGAACUUGGUAAUGACGGCAAAAUUGUGCUUCGAUAUGCAGAUCUGCCUCGUUCUGUUGAUAAGACUAAACUUAUAAUUGGCAUCUCUGUGUCAAGCAUAAUUUUUAUUGGCAUUAUAAUAAUCAUCAUUUACCGUGGUCUGCUGGAGCUGUACGACAUUAGGGAAUAUCAGAACUUUGUCAAAGCACAGAAACAGACCGAAUGGAAAGAGGCCCAGAAUCCUCUUUUCAAAGGUGCCACAACUACAGUGUAUAACCCUUUGCAUGACAAAGACGAAAACGAAAAGGAACAUUUUGAGCAGAUUUAAAAGAUUAAUUUAAUUUAAAGAGAGAGUCUGGGAGUUUGCUAGAUAACAAUAUCUUGUUUUUGCAUUUUUUGGUGUACAUCUUAAAUUGUGCCAACGAGAUUAAAAAUUAUAUUCUAAGAUAGCAAUAAAAACAUUUAAAUACAGGAUUAAAUGGUUGUUGUAAAUAUUGUGAUGUAUUUUAUGCAUAUUAAUAUAUAGGAUGAACACAAAGCCUUCUUUCUCCUAAAAAGGGUUGAUAAACUGAACAACUCUACCUAAGAGAAUUGAAGAAUGUCCUUUUAUGAGAAAAAAAGUGUGUUUUUGUGAAAUUUUAAGCAGCUGUAUUGCUAACUAAAACUUCAGAGAUGUGUUUUAGUGAUAAUACAGCAGGUUUACAGCUUAAAUUAUUAUUAUUUUUAAACAGUGACUUCACAUUAUGUUUGAGGUAUUAACUGAACAGCUUGAUUCCAAAACCUGUAAUUGUUUUACUUUUGCUUCAGUAAUAAAAGUGCCAUUCAAAAUUCCCUAAAAA